AUGAAAGUUUACGUGAAAAGUACUCAUGUGAUUUCCUUCUUUCCAAGAAGCCACCUCUACCACAUGGAACUGAGCAAUGAAACACGGAUUUCAGAAUUUUUUCUUCUGGGAUUUUCAGACAAACCAGAACUACAACCCCUCAUAUUUGGACUUUUCCUCUCCAUGUACUUGAUCACAGUCUUUGGAAACCUGAUCAUCAUCUUGGCCAUCAGCACAGACCCCAACCUCCACACGCCCAUGUACUUCUUCCUCGCCAACCUGUCCUUUGUAGACAUCUGCUUCACCUCCACCACCGUCCCCAAGAUGCUGUGGAACAUCCAGAUGCAGAGCAAAGCCAUAACCUACGCAGGCUGCCUCACACAGAUUUAUUUUCUCAUACUCUUUGCUGUGCUGGACGUCUUCCUCCUGAGUGUGAUGGCCUAUGACCGCUUCGUGGCCAUCUGUCACCCCCUGCACUACACGAUCAUCAUGAACCCCCGGCUGUGUGCACUGCUGGUUCUGGUGUCCUGGAUCAUGUGUAUCCUGAAUUCCCUGUUACAAAGUUUAAUGAUGUUGCGGCUUUCUUUCUGUGCACACUUGCACAUCCCCCACUUUUUCUGUGAACUCAAUGAGAUGCUCCAACUUGCCUGUUCUGACACCUUUCUUAACAACUUGGUGAUGUAUUUUGCAGCUGUCCUGCUGGGUGGUGGUCCUUUUGCUGGGAUCCUUUAUUCUUAUUCUAAGAUAGUUUCCUCUAUACGUAGGAUUGCAUCAGCUCAGGGCAAGUAUAAAACAUUUUCCACCUGUGCGUCUCACCUCUCAGUUGUCUGUUUAUUUUACUGUACAAUGCUAGGAGUGUACCUUAGCUCCGCUGCCACCCAGAGCUCCCACUCAAGUGCUGUAGCCUCAGUGAUGUACACGGUGGUCACGCCCAUGCUGAACCCCUUCAUCUACAGCCUGAGGAACAGAGACAUAAAAAGUGCUCUGAAAAGAAUUGUUGGGGUUCCAGUGAUGUAA